AUAUAAGAGUCAAUUAUUUCAUCUUCAAUUCACUUCCCACUCUCGGGAGCACACACCAAUGGCCACUGAUGCCUCCCCAAAAUAUCGGACGUCCGAUCUCCACCACUCCGAUAUCUCCGUUUCCCACGACGGACUUCACUUCUAUCAAUACAUGAUAGCCGGUUCUGUAGCCGGCUCAGUCGAACACAUGGCCAUGUUCCCCGUCGACACACUCAAAACCCGCAUGCAAGUCCUCACAGGCUCAUCAUACCCGACUCAAACCAUCGGAGUCCGUCAAGCUUUCGGGUCUAUAUUAAAACUCGAAGGUCCAGCCGUAUUCUACCGCGGCGUCGGAGCCAUGGGACUGGGAGCUGGACCGGCGCACGCAGUUUACUUCUCAGUCUACGAGCUUUGCAAGCAGUUUUUAUCGCCGAAUAACUCGGUUUCUCACGCUGUUUCGGGUGUUUUUGCGACGGUGGCGAGUGAUGCAGUGUUUACUCCGAUGGAUAUGGUGAAGCAAAGGUUGCAGUUGAAGAGUAGUCCGUAUAAGGGCGUUGGUGAUUGUGUUAAACGGGUGUUUUUAGAGGAAGGAGCUGCGUCGUUUUAUAGGUCUUAUAGGACUACGGUUAUUAUGAAUGCGCCUUUUACGGCGGUUUAUUUUGCUACUUAUGAGGCCGCUAAAAGGGGUUUGAUGGAAGUUUCGCCGGAGAGUGCUGACGAUGAAAGGUUGGUCGUUCAUGCUAGUGCCGGUGCUGUUGCCGGUGGUUUAGCUGCUGCUAUUACAACUCCACUUGAUGUUGCUAAAACACAGUUGCAAUGUCAGGGUGUGUGUGGGUGCCGAAGAUUUUCGAGUAGUUCAAUCGGAAAUGUUGUAAAAACGAUAGUGAAGAAGGAUGGAUACCAUGGGCUAAUGAGAGGAUGGGUUCCGAGGAUGCUCUUCCAUGCUCCGGCCGCUGCUAUCAGCUGGUCCACUUAUGAAUCUGCAAAAGCCUUCUUCGAGAAACUUAAUUCUAAUCAACAAUAACUCAUCUAUCAAUUGCAUAUAUCUGAAAACACUUCAUGAACUCUAUUCAUGGAUGAUGUGGUGAAAUUUAUUUAAGAAUUAAGCCAAAAAGAAUAAAGCAUUGUAUAAAAGGACAAUUAUCUGAUCUACGCACUUGGAGUCUUGGAUAGCUGUAUGUAUCAAUAAUUAUACAAGAUUAGCUAAUUGUUUUUGCUUCUUGAGUCGCUAAA